AUGCUUGUUACAACAACAGCCAUACAUGGAAAGGAAUUGGAAUUCAUAAAAGCUUCCCUCCAAAAACAUGGUUUAACACACACAUUAGAAUUAUCUACUGAGACAUGUGUGCUUGUCUCCAGAAGUAGCGAUGGAGUGAAGUAUAGGCUGGCACGAGAACGAGGGAUACCUUGUGUUACAAUGGCUUGGGUAUUGAUUGGAAAUUGUUGCUUGAAUAGAUUGGCUGAGUUUGAUGUUGGAAACUCACUCUUGGGAUUAGAGGUUUGUGGAACUUCUCUCACUUUUGAACAACGUCAUCACUUGCAAGAAGUGUGUGAUUUAUCUCAAGCCACAUACAAUGGCUCUUUAACACGAAAUUGUGCAUUACUGGUCAUUUCAGGUGAAUCUAAUGUUUUGAAGAAUAAUGAGAAAGUUCAAUUCGCAAGAAGAAACCAUAUUGACAUAAUUUCUUAUUUUCAUUUUAUGAAACAGUAUGGUAAUAUAAAAAUGCAGCAUGAGUCAAAAUGUGUUGAAUAUCAAAAAUCUUUGGCAAUAUCAAAAGAUGUGGUCAUUUACUUUUCUCCUGCAAACCUUAUUACAGAAGAAGUCAAAAAUCUUCUUGCUAAAACUCCAUUUCGAUAUAGUCCUGUAUUAAAUUUUUUGACGACACAUGUUGUGUUAUUAGGUAAUACAACAGAGACUUUUCCCCUUCGUCCUGAUAUUGAGUUUGUCUCCUUUACAUGGUUAAAACAUUCUGUGGAGCAGCAAAAGAUUGUGGCUGAAGAGCCGUACAGAGUAGUAGUCAAACAACGACCAGUAAUUACUUUUACUGGAGUUUCACAGGAAGAAAGAAUAACACUCCAUUCUGCGUUAGAAAAUUCAGGAUUGCCUUGUUUGGUACAGGAUGAAUUUGUUCUUGGGGUAAGAGUAGUAGAAGGUGAAAGUAAUGAACGCUGUAAUACUACCCAUCUCGUAGUUGAACGGUCUGCAAUGUCUAAAUCCUCAAAGGUUGCCGCACUUACUUGGCGUAUGAAUAAACUGCGGCGUAAAGAGUGUUUACUGGUAGAUUUGAAUUGGGUGCGACGUUCCUUAGAAGUGGGGUACUGGAUUAACUGCUCUCCUUUCUUAAUAGAGAUACCACAAAUCUCCUUACCAAAAAAAAUAUUGAAAUGUCCAAACUCCACUGCUGUAAGUGUAAUUGAAGCCAAAACUAUUGAUAGCAACAUUGAUAAUCAUGAGCAUGAUCAUCCUUAUAAUGAAAAUGAAAAGAAAAAUGAAGUUAUGAAGGGAGAACAUGAGAUUGUGUCAGAGUUAUCCUUGUCACCUAAAGAGACACAAAGCGAAAUGACACCAUCAAAGUCACUUGAUAUCCUUAUUGAAAAGCUUGAGUCGAAAAUGGGAGUACUGGGUGGUGGGCCGUCAAUAAAAACUGGUGAAUCUAUCGCAGAAACCUUUUCAAAUGUAAAACACGUUCAAAAUGAUAAUGUGAAGAGUUUAUCAUGUGAAUCAAAACGCCAAAGUGGUUUUUUGAAGUCAAAUCAUGUUGAAAACACCAGACUAAAAAUUCCUUUACAGUCACAGGUUAUUGUGUAUAAGUAUAGUAAUGAGUAUCCCAUUGAGGUAAUGCAACAUGAAAAACCAGAAGAAAUACUUAAAAAAAAAGCAACUGAUGACGGAACUAAUAAUCGCUGCGUUACAGUGGAGGACGUUGUGCCUAAUAUCAAUAAAGAGCAAAAGAACUCUUCUGCUCCUUCUUGUUGUAUUAUGAUGGCGAAAUCAUUAAUGCAUACAGAAGAAAAUCUUACACGACUUCAAUCAUUGGGUUGCAUUCUUGCCACAACGAUGGAGGAAUGUACACACUACGUAACAGGGAAACCUUCCAGAACGGAGUUUUUUCUCUGUGCUCUUGCUGCAGGUAAAUGGGUGUUGGCACCAUCAUUUAUUGAUGAGACACUACGUGAAGGACGUAUAGCCUCUGAAGAAUUGCAUGAGUGGUCUCCACAGAUGGCAAAAUUAAGCUCAUUUCGAAAUUCUGUAGUGGAAUUGGUAAAAGGAUGUAAAAUCCAGAGAAUGCGAUCUGUACGGCCAUUUUCUUCAUGGAGUAUUAUUCUUUGUUGUGCAACUGAUGCAAGAACUGAAAGUUUUUCUCGGGUUUUACGAAUUGGUGGCUGUAAUGUCGUUCGUCCAUAUUCACCAUCUCAACUCCUUGACAAACUUGUGGAGGAUCCAGAUGUGCUACAAGAUACCACUGCUGUUCUCUCUGACGAUAGUGUAUGGAGUGGAACACAGUUGGAGACCAUCGCCGCACUCGUACCUGUUCUCAAGAUGGAGUAUCUUGCUCACUGUUUGUGUGUAAAUACACCGGAGCCAGACCUGUACGAGAUGCUAGACAAACCGCAGUCACGUAAGCGGUCGAGAGAUUUCGUAAAAUGA